AUGGAGCUUCAUCUUAAACCUCUGUGCAGCUCAACAGCUCUCUUAUCCCCCAGAGCUUCCAGCAGUACUAGACUAGCACAGUUACCGCGCAAGUCCACCUCCUCCUCCUCCUCUAGUGCUUGUCGUAUAUUUUCUUUCUCCACUACGCUUUCGACACCUUGUCGAUUCCCUCCUUCUGUUUUGUUUGCGACUCCGGAGAGUCAAGUAAGCGCGGAGGAAAGAGAAUGGGCAAUGCAAGAUUUUUAUACAUUGAGAAGAGAGGUGGAAAUUGCGGCAGAACGUGUUCAAGAGAUAAGAGCUUCGGCUUGUCUGGAACAGUUGGAAAAAGAAGUUGCCGAGUUGGAAUCCAAAGCAGCUGAUACCUCCUUUUGGGAUGAUCGUGCUUUAGCUCAAGAGAACCUUUUGGCCCUCACUGAUGUCAAAGACCGAAUAAAAUCGCUUAACGACUUUAAAUCACAGGUUGAAGAUGCAGAAACAAUAGUCAAGCUAACUGAAGAGAUGGACUCCACAGAUAAUGCACUUCUUGAAGAGGCUGCCAGUAUCAUCAAGGAAUUGAACAAGGCAAUGGAUCGGUUUGAGUUAACUCAACUUCUUUCAGGGCCUUAUGACAAAGAAGGUGCUGUUAUUUCUAUUACAGCCGGUGCUGGAGGUACUGACGCCCAGGAUUGGGCUGAAAUGUUACUCAGGAUGUAUAUGAGGUGGGGAGAAAAGCAGAGAUACAAAACUCGCGUGGUUGAGAAAUCCCCAGGAGAGGAAGCUGGAAUUAAGUCAGCGACACUCGAAGUUGAAGGUCGCUAUGCUUAUGGUUAUUUGUCCGGGGAGAAGGGCACACACCGCAUUGUACGACAGUCUCCUUUUAAUGCCAAAGGUCUUCGCCAGACAAGCUUCUCAGGUGUGGAAGUGAUGCCUCUCCUACCUGAGGAAUCACUGAAAGUUGAAAUACCUGAAGAAGACCUGGAGAUAACCACUUCAAGGGCAGGCGGGAAAGGAGGUCAGAAUGUGAAUAAAAUUGAAAGUGCUGUCCGGAUUACUCACAUCCCCACUGGUGUUACUGUUCGCUGCACAGAAGAGAGAUCCCAGCUUGCAAACAGAAUAAAGGCUCUAAGCAGGUUGAAAGCAAAGCUGUUGGUGAUAGCCGAGGAGCAACGAGCAUCAGAAAUUAAGCAAAUACGAGGAGAUGCAGUGAAGGCAGAGUGGGGGCAACAAAUAAGGAACUAUGUGUUCCAUCCGUAUAAACUCGUCAAGGAUGUAAGGACAGGAUAUGAGACAUCUGAUAUCACUUCUGUGAUGGACGGUGAUUUGGAGCCUUAUAUCAAAGCCUACCUCAAACAUAAAUACAGUAUGAAAAUCAGUGCAUCAAGUCAAGCCUAGGCUGUAGCUAGUUAAAUUAUUAACUUUGCUCAGGUGCUUACAUUGUAGCAUUCCUGUAAGUCCAUGAAUAGAAAGGACUGCCGAUCAUGUGAA